AUUUGAGUUGAAGAGUGAUGACCCGCAAUAAAUCAAAGAUAUCACUCUAAGUGGAAAUUGAAGAAAAAAUUGAUAUCUUAAAGAAUUUCGAUUUGAGAAUGAAUUAAAUUCUUCAUAACAGCUAGGGAAGUGGCAUUAAUUUAGAUUUUUUAUUCAAACAGAGAACGAAGCGAUUUCUUCGCGACCAUCUUGAAGUUGUUUGCCUCUCAACAGGACCAACAUAACAAGGUUUAUAUUGACUUCACUUGAAUACGACUGAUUUUAAAUUAAAUAAAAUGUUGUGAACUGUUGACGCGAUGAGCUCCCUCCAGGUCUGGAGUGUUAUAAUCAUACUCUAUCAAACGAUAUUAUCUGUGAUUUUCGGCUGGUGGACGUUAGACUGUCGCUUCACUCCUGACAGUAGUGAGCUUCAUGAGAUCACAUUGAUCAAACUCUUGUAUUUGUACGAUCCUGAAGCCUGCGGUCGGAUUUACUUCUACAACGUCACCAUCAAAGUUGACAAUGAGUCAGAUUCCUCUGUCAUGUGGCCCAUCAAGAAUAUCAUCGCUAAGGAGUUUAGAACGAAAGUGAAGGUCUGGUUGGCCCUACACAUCAUAUGGUUCGGUUCAUGCCUAGCAACAGUGACUCGCGGCCCGAGGGCUUGUGGCUUCUAUGCGAUCACUCUGCCAUUUACUUUGACUGGUAUAACGAUGCUACUCACGGAUCUCAUAUAUGCGGGACUCUUCGUAAAGAACAUUCAAGUGACUGGCACUGAAGUUUCCAUUCUUCGUCACCUGAGCUCGUACCCCGGAGGUGUUCAUUGGAUCUCGGAGUCUCUGCCGAGCUCGACCACAGACGACGACACCUGCUGGAUCUCGUUGUUGUUCGCGUACUGCAGCUGCCGCGGAUUGGUGCAAUGGAUCAUUAAUUUCUGGCUAAUUAAAGACAUGUAUUUUGAAAGUCUUGACACCCAUAAUCGUCUUGAGAAGGAAAAAUCACGGCUAAGAUCAAAAGUGUGAUAACAAUCAUCUCGUUUGGUCUGAGAUGACAGACGACCAAAAUAUGUUCUCAAAGAAAAAUUUGUAACCCGAAGAUAAAAAGUGCAAAAAUAUAAAAAAUGUAAUUUCCUUAUUUCAUGUAACGUUGUAUUUAUUUCUAUUAAAGGAAACUUGAAACUUGAAAUAUGAAAUGUGAUUUUAUAAAUAGAUUAGCUGUACCGGCCAUUUCGUGU